GAUGUAAACAAACAAUGGUGUACGCGUUUGUUAUCCACACUCUCCUUCCCGGACCGUGCCGAGUCCUUUAUCACAAUGUUUAUGGACAGGAUGCGACGUAUUCAGAUGAAGUAAAUGAUGCUGAACACAAAAACCGUAGAAGAAACGACAUUCAAUUAAUAGCCAACGAAGUUCACUCCGAGUACCAAUUUCGGAGGGCAGUCCAGUCACGAGCCGUGGAAGAUGAUAUUCAACGCAUGGGAAAUGACGACACACUUCCAGACUUUGAGUUUGGUUGCAUUAGACUGCCAGAAGGCAACCCUUUCACAGUGGAAAGAAUAGCUCUUUGGUUAGGGGCGGGUAACUCAGGAUUUACUCUGGUUUGUGAAAAAUCGGAAAAUAGACUCCUAGCAGAAAAUGUACUGAAAAUUCUAAUUCGAUUUAUACAGGAACAUGUUCGAGUUAUAAAUCAGCCUUCGGAGGCUAGACUCAAAAGUGACAAAAUUGCUCUAAUUCUUAGUCGCUUUCUGCCAAAUGGAAACUUGCUUUUCAUGAACCAUCGCGUGGUCAGGCAGUUGGAAAAAGAAGUGGAAAACUUGAUGAAACUGUGAUAAUAAAAUCCGCUCAUUUACUUUAUGCUCAUAAAAUGUAAAAAUGACAUUCUUCUAUAGCAUACUUAAGCAUUAUUAUUAUAGUCUGAAUGUAUUUUUUAAAAAUUCUUUUUACUGACAAAGCCACAAAAGCCAACACCUUACCUGAAAU